UACGUUGCGACGCUCAAUCGAAUGACACGUACAGUUAGUAAACAAGGAUAGAUAGAAAGUUGUCGAAGGAAAUAAAAGACAAGGAAUAAAGCUAGCUGGAUUACUACUGUGCCAAAUCUGCCAAGAUCUCAGAAACCUGUCUCAAUAUGAACGUGUUUGACCGCAGCAUCAAAUUGGAUGUUCUCCUCAAGUUCUCCCAAAUUUCCCAAUCUACCCAGUUACACCUGAAGAAUGUCUACUCCAGUUUGGCAGUUUGCAUGUUCGUGGCUGCAGCAGGCUCCUACGUCCAUGUUGUCACACGGCUCUUUCAGGGUGGGUUGCUGACUCUUCUGGGUUCCCUGGGCAUGGUGGUUUGGUUGUCCAUGACACCACACAACCCAGAGACCGAGAAGAAGAGACUGGCUAUCCUUGCAGGGUUUGCUUUCUUCACAGGUGUUGGUCUUGGACCAGCAAUGGACUUUGUCAUCAUCAUUAACCCAAGCAUCAUUGUGACAGCCUUCCUUGGAACCUCAAUCAUCUUUGUCUGCUUCACUCUCAGUGCCCUGUAUGCCAAGCGCAGGAGCUUCCUCUUCCUAGGAGGUACUCUGAUGUCUGGCUUGUCUGUCCUGUUCCUGGUGUCUGUGGUGAACUUGUUCUUUGGAUCAGCGAUACUCUUCAAGGCUCACAUGUACCUGGGUCUGGUCAUUAUGUGUGGCUUUGUUCUGUUCGACACUCAGCUCAUCAUUGAGAAAGCAGAGAACGGAGACAAGGACUACAUCUGGCAUUGCGUGGACCUGUUCCUCGACUUUGUGACCAUUUUCAGAAAACUCAUGAUUCUCCUUGCCAUGAAUGAGAAGGACAAGAAGAAAGAAAAGAAGUAGAUUAAAUAAAUCCAGUUGAAGUUUCAAAUGAAAAACGAUCUGUGACAAGGAACAGAACCAGCAACAAAGCCUCUGUCUGCAGUGCUGUUGGUGCUUUCACUAUUUGUCGUUCUUGGUAUUUUUUGUCCAUUGAUUUGAGCUUGCAAGAGGUUAUAAGGUUGUAUUUUAGGCUAUUGCUGCAGUGAGAAUGCUUGUCCUGUAGGGGGAGUGGUUGUUCUAUGAAGGUCUACAUAACAAAACUGAACUCUGUGCCGUAAUUGUUUUUUAUUUUAUUCAGAAGGCCGUUUGAGCUUUUGGAGAUUAAUCAUAGUUUUAUGUUCUAAUAUUUGGAUUUGUUAAUGCUAUUCCUCUAAUCUGUUUAGUUUAUGGAAGGGUUGUGACAGACAUCCUGACCUGUUACGUCUUUAUCAAAUCACAUUUUGUCACAUGCGCCGAAUACAACAGGUGUAGUAGACCUUACCGUGAAAUGCUUACUUACAAGCCCUUAUUAACCAACAAUGCAGUUCAAUAAAUAGUUAAGAAAAUAUUUACUAAAUAAAACGUAACAAGAAAAUAACAAUAACGAGGCUAUAUACAGGGGGGUGCCGGUCCCGAGUCACAACUUCUCAUUUUCCUCUUAUUUACUACUUCACUGUGUUACGUUGAAGAAGAACGUAUUGGUAAUUCGGCUGACCUUUAAUGAAGAUGUACAUUUGCAUUUUAUGGUCAGUUUGUGCGCCACAAAAAGGACUGGUCAAGGCUGUAGAAUAAAUGGAUCAACUGCCGAUGCGUUCUCGUAAUAUUUUUGUUAUCUGAAAAGGCCAACUGUGAAAAACAUACUUUACCAGUGAUAACUUUGAAUACAUUUAUCAAAUUAGGUUAACUAAAUGCAGUUUUCAUUGCAGAUAUACAUUUCAAGAGCAAGGUAUAUGGUAUAAUUUUAUUUGUGCUUCAGUGAGAACACAUGAACAAGAAAUAAUCAAAAACCUUAUUAAAAUAAUGUUGACAUCUUAGCUGUUCAAGAUUAUGACAUCCAAAGUUAAACAAUCUAUUUUAGCCAGGUGACUGCAUUUACAAGUUAACAAAUAAAAUGGACAAUUACAAAUAUGCAGUUGAUUUAACAUAAAAAUAAAUACAUAAUUAAUUGGACAAUAUUAUUGCUGGCAUAUUACCUUCAGAGAAUGGUCGGCUAAACUAAACGCUUUCUUGGCAGUUAGAGAAAAUCUUAACCCCAUCAACAAACAAUUUGACAUAAAAUUAAAUGUAUUCAAUAGUGAAAAAUGAAACUCAAGAUGAAGGAUUCAGUACAUUGGGUGUGCUGAUAAAGAGAAUGAUUUAUUGGUAAUGAGUCCUUGCAUGUUCAGGUGAAGGUUGGCGUAAGACUUAAUUAACAAGACAUUCAAUUUCAACAUAAAAUUAUUUUUUGUGUGGGAAUGUUCGAUAUUGUCAUCAUGUGUAUUACCUAUUACUAUGCGAUUAACUGAAAUGUUAGUUAUUUUUGUUUUCAAAUGGACUGACAUCCGUUCAAUUAUUUGAAUUCCAUUUAGUUGUUUUCUGACCUCAAUGACCACAUUGCGCAGUUUCUCUAGAGAUAAAUCGGUUCAAGCCCGAACUGUGCAAUGUAGUAGGGAGUUGUAGAAUAUUGAACUGUUGGAAAGUACAUCAUUUCGCGCUGAAAACCGUGGUAAUUAACUACAAUGACCAUAAUACAUUGCGCAGCUACUUGGCCGGUCUGCUUCUUUUAGGCAUGCUACCUUAGGUUAGUGUGAGGCAGACAGAAGAAUGCGCGAUAGGGAUAGAGAGCACUUGCUUCCUGAGGUGUCUACAUGCAUUAUCUAAGUGAUUGAUAGUUGGUAUUCAGCGGUCAUAAAAAUAUGCCUUAUUUAUUUUGAACUUCUAAAAUAGGGAUUUUGUCAGAGCAUAGGCAGCAGCUCAAUAGAGAUGAGAUGACUUGGAAUGGAAUAAUAAGGUAAUAUACACAACUGGAAUAUUUGAUUAAAUGAAUGUGAAUACAUGGUGCAGUAAUGGGCAGUCACUUUCAAAUGUAACUACCAUCAUUGGACUUUGUUUUAUUCUGUGGUACAGCAUUUAAUUAGCAAAAUAAAUAAUUGAAAUCAAA